UAUGAGCGUGUAACGUUUUUCCGUGAUUUUAACACGCAGCAGCGGCAUAUACAACAGCGGCAACAGCAACAGCAACAAAAAACAACGAAGAGAGCAAAAACCAAAACAAUAACAACAACAAUUGAAGAGAACAGCAGCGGCAAACGCUGUUUUUCGCUGCGCUUCUCCUAUUUUAAGUGCCGAGCGUUUUACUAUUUUUACUACACAGCCAAUACAUACACACACACCCGCAAUUGCAUGAUUAUCUAUGUGUGUUUCUGAGUUGUGUUAGAAACAACAAUAAUAAAAACAACAACAAUAACAGUGUUAAAUGCUAGUGAAAUGAUCUUCCACAAAUAAGUUUUGAAAUAAAUUCGAGAGCGAAAUGAUUUGAAUGAAGAAAUGCCAAGAAAGUGCAGCAGCAGUAGCCGAGUAAAAAAUGUUGGAAAGCCGAAACUAGGCUAAAUAUCUUUGCAUACUUUUGGGAAAGUUGUGCGGCACAAUAUAUAUAUACACACUCGCACACACAGAGGGACAAACAUAUAAGGACAACGGCAGGUCCUGCGCCUGCGGUCGCCGACAUUUGAACCUGUUUUCUGACCAUUGACCGCCGGCCGCCUCUUUUCACUUUUGGCAACGCGAACUGCAGCAGCCGCUAAAAGAGGCACGGAAAAUGUGAGAAAUAAGUAGUAAGAAGGGAAAAUGUGCACAAAAACGGCAUAAAACCAACAAAACUGGCCAAAGAGUUCAGAGUAGUGCGGUUCAACAGCCUCCGGUUGUUCGUCGUGGCAAGCUGAAAACUCGCAAAUUCGGCGGCAGCUUCGUGCAUCUGUAUCUGUGUAUCUGGUUGCAUCUGUGUGCGGGCAUCCUGCAUCCUGCAGCUCUGCAGCUCGGUAGCUCAGCAGCGAAAAUUGUGUCAGCAGCAUCGGCAGCGGAUCCUGCAGCUCGCCAGACUGGCGCCUCCAUCUCCGAUUGCCGGUGCAGCGGCCCAACUGCGUCAGAGUGUUGAACGUGCCAUUGCGAGAAUGCCGUCUCGCGGUCCCACGUCAUAGUCACCAUCAUUAGCACCGGGCGACAGCGACAUUGGCGACACUGGCAACCAGCAACUAGCAACUAGUAACAACACUCCUAGCAGCAACAUUAAUUGCAACUGCAGCAGCAGCAACUUGCAUCUAGCAACAAGCAACAGCAACUGCACCAGCACAAAUCACAGCCAAAUCGAACGCAACAAAGCUUCCAAAGUUAGGCCAACGGGACAGCCCAAUCACUUCCAGGAUAAGGAGAAGCCAUUAUAAUUAAUACCCAGCCAUGCAGUUGCUCAUCAAGUCCAUCUUCACCUGCGCACUAUUUGUGAUCUUUGUUUAUGCCACCGCCCAGUCGCUGAUCAAAGUCCAGGAGAGCGAAACGCGGCGGGCGUAUCUCAAUAUCACCUCCUCCUCCGACCUGAGUAGUAGUAAUCUUAGCCUGGAUGACGGCCCCUUCCUUAGCCGGCGGCUAAGACAAGUGGUUCAUGGCGAAGAGGGCGACGAAGGCGCGCCGUCUCAGUUGGAGGAUGAUCUAAGGCAGAUGAAGAAGACCAAUGUGGACGCACCGGACGUGGAAGAAAUACGUGAAUGCAGUGUGGGUCUCGUCCUUCCCGUGUGGAUGCCGCAGAAGCAUCUUUCCAUUGGUGACCGCCUCAUCCGAGGCUUUGUCUACUUCAUCCUUUUGAUCUACCUGUUUGUGGGCGUGUCCAUUAUUGCGGAUCGCUUCAUGGCCGCCAUCGAAGCCAUUACAUCGAUUGAACGGGCAGUAGUGGUAAAAGGCCCCAACAACACAAAGCAGGUGAUGCACGUCCGUAUCUGGAACGAAACAGUGGCCAAUCUCACGCUAAUGGCUCUCGGAUCGAGUGCACCCGAAAUCCUCCUCUCCGUUAUAGAGAUUUACGCCAAGGACUUCGAGAGCGGUGAUCUUGGGCCCGGCACCAUCGUGGGAUCUGCCGCCUACAAUCUGUUCAUGAUCAUCGCCGUGUGCAUGAUCUGGAUUCCGGCGGGCGAGGUGCGGAGAAUCCGUCAUUUGCGGGUAUUCUUCGUUACUGCCGCCUUCUCGAUCUUCGCCUAUGUGUGGCUGUGGCUUAUCCUAUCCGUGUUCACGCCUGGCGUGAUCCAGGUCUGGGAGGCGAUCGUGACCUUGCUAUUCUUCCCGCUGACCGUCCUGUGGGCCUACAUCGCCGAGCGGCGGCUACUGGUCUACAAAUAUAUGGACAAAAACUACCGGGUGAACAAGCGCGGCACCGUGGUUGCCGGCGAGCACGACCAGGUGGAGAUGGAUGCGGAGAAGGGCCCUAAACACCCGAUGGUCACUUCCGGUCGCGCCAACGAGGCCGAGGCCUUCGACGAGGCCCGUCGAGAGUACGUCACUGUACUGACAAAGCUGCGCCAAAAGUACCCCGACGCCGAUCUCGAGCAACUUGAAAUGAUGGCCCAGGAGCAAGUGUUGGCGCGGAGCAGCAAGUCGCGCGCCUUCUACCGCAUCCAGGCCACUCGCAAGAUGGUCGGCAGCGGCAACCUAAUGCGCAAGAUCCAGGAGCGAGCCCACAGCGACCUAACGGAGGUCAAAGCCCAGCUGCACUCCGGCGACUAUGACGAGACGGACGACCUAAUCCGAAUGUAUUUCGAGCCCGGCCACUACACCGUCAUGGAGAACUGCGGUGAGUUCGAGGUGCGAGUGGUCCGUCGCGGCGACCUCUCCGUGUACGCCAGCGUUGAGUACGAGACGCAGGAUGGCACCGCCUCCGCCGGAACCGAUUUCGUGGGCCGUAAGGGCCUGCUCAGCUUCCCGCCGGGCGUCGACGAGCAGCGCUUCCGCAUCGAGGUAAUCGAUGACGACGUCUUCGAGGAGGACGAAUGCUUCUACAUCCGCCUUUUCAAUCCCUCCGAAGGCGUCAAGCUGGCCGUGCCGAUGAUAGCCACCGUUAUGAUUCUGGACGACGACCACGCGGGCAUCUUCGCCUUCACGGACUCGGCCUUCGAAAUCACCGAAUCCGUCGGCAAGUUUGAGCUGAAGGUGAUGCGCUACUCCGGCGCCCGUGGCACUGUCAUUGUGCCCUACUGGACGGAGAACGACACGGCCACCGAAUCCAAGGACUACGAGGAGGCUCGUGGCGAACUCGUCUUCGAAAACAAUGAAUCUGAAAAAGUCAUCGAUCUGUACAUCCUGGAGGAGAGCAGCUAUGAGAAGGACGUCAGCUUCAAGGUGCACAUCGGAGAACCUCGGUUGGCGCCAGAUGACACUAAUAAGGAAUCAUUUUUCAAUCGAUUUUUUGAAAAACACGAACACUCCGGAGAUCCCACUCACGACGAAAUGGCAGCCAAAAUCAAGGAGGUCGAAAAAAAGGACGUUCAGGAUCUGACCGAACUGGAUCGCAUCCUGUUGCUGAGCAAACCGAGAAACGGAGAACUGACCACCGCCUACGUGCGCAUUCGUGAGAGCCAGGAAUUCAAGGCUACAGUCGACAAACUGGUGGCAAAAGCGAACGUUUCUGCCGUCCUUGGCACUUCGUCCUGGAAGGAACAAUUCAAAGAUGCCCUCACCGUUAUCCCAGCCGAUGAAAGUGAAUUUGAUAACGACGAUGAGGAGGAGGAGGUGCCCAGCUGCUUCAGCUACGUGAGCCACUUCGUCUGCCUCUUCUGGAAGGUUCUGUUUGCAUUUGUGCCGCCCACUGACAUGUGCGGCGGCUAUGUGACCUUUGUGGUGUCCAUAUUCGUGAUUGGCGUCAUCACCGCCAUCAUCGGAGAUGCCGCCUCCUAUUUCGGUUGCGCUCUCAACAUCAAGGACUCGGUAACGGCCAUCCUGUUUGUAGCCCUGGGCACCAGUAUACCAGACACAUUCGCCAGCAUGAUAGCAGCGAAGCAUGAUGAGGGGGCCGAUAAUUGUAUCGGCAAUGUUACGGGCAGCAAUGCGGUCAACGUGUUCCUGGGCAUUGGCUUGGCCUGGACCAUUGCCGCAGUCUACCACAGCUCCCAUGGCGGGAUCUUCAAAGUAGAACCGGGAACGAUUGGAUUUGCUGUGGCGCUCUUCUGCGGCGAAGCCCUGAUUGCCGUUUUCCUCAUCAUGUUCCGGCGCUGGCACAAGGGCAUUGGCGCUGAGCUGGGCGGUCCGAAGGUCUCCAAAUACAUCAGCGCAGCGAUCCUAGUUUUCCUCUGGGUCUUCUACGUGGUCAUCUGCAUACUGGAAGCCUACGAUGUCAUUCGGGUUUAAGAAGCUGGCAACCACAUUGCUUUAACUUUGUCGUUGGCUUUGUUAUUUGCAUUGGCGUUGAGAUUUUUAGCAAAGUUCGUAAAGUUACAGAAGGGCAGAGGACAGAGCUAACAGAUAUUAUGAUGCUAUCGAAGGAUGCUGUAGAUGCAGUUUUUAUAUGUAAACUUAUGAAAUUGAUUUAUAUGUAUGAAUGUGCUAGGCGCUAUAUAUAAAUAUUUCUUGUGUAAAAUUUAUGUUAAUACUAAAAGUAAAAUUUUAAUGUUUAACUAGGUUUAAGUCAGGCUUAUAUACAAACAAAAGAAAAGAAAAGAAAAGAAAACCCAUUUUUACGAUUAUUAUCUCCAUUCAUAUAUGAAUUGUAAAUACAGAAAGGCUGCCACGGCUCAGCAAUCUUGUAACUGUAACGAGAUCAUUUAUUGUUAUGCCAUAUAUACUUAAUUUACCUUCUAAAAGAAUACGAUUAUAUUUAUUAUUACAUCAUUCUAUGUAAAACUUAA